AUGAUGCUCACAAUGGGCAUGGAUUUUGAGAUUCAAAAACGUCGCCUGAAGCUAGACAUAGAUGCGUUGGGCCUUCAUGCUACAGAUGACCAGAAAAGGAAGAUACAGAUUCGCGCCACUACUCUUCAGCGCAAAAUCUUUUCUUGGAUGGACGUUCAGCAGCUGUACAUGCCUAGCGCUCGCAUUGCCCAAUUGGAGGCCCAGGAGCGCAGUGAUCAUGAUGUAGAGGAGAAGGUUGAGGAUAUCGAGCUCUGGCUACCAUCUGUGCUGCCGAAGAAACACUCAUGCGACAUUCGACUAUGA